CGCGGCCCCCGCGCGCAGCUGCCAUCCAUUCCGCCGGGGACGCCGAGGCGAGCGGAGGCCGCUGCGGAGCCGGGAGCCCCCGGGACACAACCACAGAGGCCGGCGGCUGAGGGGAGGCCCGGAGGCGGCGAUGGGCGCGCGCGGAGGCCGGGCGCUGCUGGCGCUGUGCGCGGCCCUGGCGGCCUGCGGGUGGCUGCUGGGGGCCGCGGCCCAGGAGCCCGGGCCGGCGGCGGCGGGCGUGCGGCGGCGCCGGCGGCUGCAGAAGGAGGACGGGCUCUCGUUCGAGUACCACCGCUACCCGGAGCUGCGCGAGGCGCUCGUGGCCGUGUGGCUGCAGUGCACCGCCGUCAGCCGCAUCUACACGGUGGGGCGCAGCUUCGAGGGCCGCGAGCUCCUGGUCCUCGAGCUGUCCGACCACCCCGGGGUCCACGAGCCCGGUGAGCCUGAAUUCAAAUACAUUGGGAAUAUGCAUGGUAAUGAGGCGGUUGGACGGGAGCUGCUCAUUUUCUUGGCGCAGUACUUGUGCAAUGAAUACCAGAAGGGGAACGAGACCAUCGUCAACCUGAUCCAUAACACUCGAAUUCACAUCAUGCCUUCCCUGAACCCGGACGGCUUUGAGAAGGCGGCCUCCCAGCCUGGUGAGCUCAAGGACUGGUUUGUGGGUCGAAGCAAUGUCCAGGGCAUAGAUCUGAACCGGAACUUUCCAGAUCUGGAUAGAAUCGUUUACAUUAAUGAGAAAGAAGGAGGACCCAAUAAUCAUCUGCUGAAAAAUCUGAAGAAAAUUGUGGACCAAAACACAAAGCUUGCUCCGGAAACCAAGGCUGUCAUUCACUGGAUUAUGGACAUCCCCUUUGUGCUUUCUGCCAAUCUGCAUGGAGGAGACCUGGUGGCCAAUUACCCGUAUGAUGAGACUCGCAGUGGCAGUGCUCAUGAAUACAGCUCCUGUCCGGAUGAUGCCAUCUUCCAGAGCUUGGCCCGUGCAUACUCUUCCUUCAACCCCGCCAUGUCCGACCCCAAUCGGCAGCCCUGUCGAAGGAAUGACGAUGACAGUAGCUUCAUCGAUGGGACGACCAACGGUGGCGCCUGGUACAGCGUGCCUGGUGGGAUGCAAGACUUCAAUUACUUGAGCAGCAACUGUUUUGAGAUCACCGUGGAGCUCAGCUGUGAGAAGUUCCCUCCUGAAGAGGCUCUGAAGAGCUACUGGGAGGACAACAAGAACUCCCUCAUCAGCUACCUGGAGCAGAUACAUCGAGGAGUGAAAGGGUUUGUCCGAGACCUUCAAGGUAACCCGAUUGCCAACGCAACCAUCUCAGUGGAAGGAAUAGACCAUGAUGUCACAUCGGCCAAGGAUGGUGAUUACUGGAGAUUGCUUGUACCUGGAAACUAUAAACUUACAGCCUCGGCUCCAGGCUAUUUGGCAACAACAAAGAAAGUGGCGGUUCCUUACAGCCCUGCGGUUGGGGUUGAUUUUGAGCUGGAGUCGUUUUCUGAAAGGAAAGAAGAGGAGAAGGAAGAGUUGAUGGAAUGGUGGAAAAUGAUGUCAGAAACUUUGAAUUUUUAAAGAUGCUUCUAAUUAGCUACUUUUAAUCUCAUUUAUCUCAUGUAGUAUGAUGUAAUGUGGCCACUUUAUUUUUAGAUUUUGUGCAGUUCAUAUUUAACAUUGAUUUAUUUUUACUCAUUAAAUAUUAAUCAACAAUACUUAAAUAGACUCUUAGGUAGAAAUAUAAGAACCUGAUCUAUUUUAUUCUUCUGCAGAGCAUUCAUUUUCCUACACAGAGGACUGUAGAAAAGUUUUAAGUAGUUCUGGCAACUUAUUGCACUAUUCCGGGUGUCAUUUACAAUGCCGAACUUUUUGGGUCAUUCUAGCUAUAAAAAUGAAUUAGUGCAGUUCUUUUCAUGUCACUUGGGUCAAUGUUACAUAAUGGAUGCCAUUGAUAAAACCAGCAGAUCCAGCUUGGAGUUAUGAGCGCUCUCCUGAAAGAAUUGAAUAGCUCAGUACCAAUUGCAUUUUGUCUCUGACGAGCUAUGUAAGCAUGUUCCUGUUACUGCAUUUCUGACGAGAAGAAAACAUCCACGUAACAAGAGAUUUUAUGAGAAGAAUGGAAGUUGACUUCUUGCUUGUAAUUAUAAGGGAAAUUUGCUAUUCCUAUUUAGCUUGUUAAUGCUCCUUCAGAGUGUAGGGCUUCCUCAUGUAGACUGGCCUAGAACUGCAUUCUGAAUUAAUAAAGGUUAAAAAAUA